UUGCAGUAAGCAUCAUCUCGCUCAAUGGUGCGGAGUCAUCCACUGGCCGUCUUGGCGUUGGUGGUCGUCGGAAUGCUCCAGUUGACUGCGCCGCCUCCGUCGGCCAGCGCCCAAACGCUCGGCUGCUCGCCGUCCGUGCUAUCGACCAUCUCGCCCUGCAUCAGCUACCUCGUCGGGAAUUCCACGUCCCCGACGUCGACGUGCUGCUCGCAGCUGGCGGUGAUGAUGCAGGGGCAGGCGCAGUGCCUCUGCCUCAUUCUCGGCGGCGGCAUUGCGCAGCUCGGCUUCCUCCUCAACCAGACGCAGGCCUACACUCUCCCCGGCGCCUGCCGGAUCAGCUUCUCCACCGCCCGCCCCUGCCUCGGAUUCACUGCCCCGGUGCCGGCGGGAGCUCCGGGAGAGGCGCCUGCGUUAGCACCUUCCGCAACGGCUCCAACUCCGACUAGCGGCGGCGGCGUCCCGGCAGUGGAUUUUACUCCGUCGGUACGAAAUGCCGGAGCGCCUUCCCAAGGGAGUGGUUCGAAGACGCCGCCGCCGCAGGCAUCGACGGCGAGUAGCUUUUACAGAGUCGCGCCUGCUCUGUUCUUCGUCAUCAUCGCCGCCGUUGCGUUGCAUGCUUUGAUUUGAUGCUUUGCUGCCUCUGCAGCUAGCUCUGCUUUUGUCGUAUCGAACCAUUCAUGGUUAUUAGAGAGUGAAUAAUAUUUAUUUGAUAGUUAAAAAAAAUCAAGAAUCUCUUGUUCCAAAAUAAACAACACA